CCAGCAGAGUCGACUGUAAUCUUCCUCUACAAUGUGGUCGUGAGCUUCAUGACCGCCAUUGUCUGUCUAGUAACAGAACCUGAUAUGAGUGCAUGGAGAGUGUGGGGUAUAGGACUGGUCUCGGUGAUAUUCUCGAGCUUUUUUGGACAAUGCUUAAACAACAUAGUUCACACAUGGGCAAUCCGGUUGAAAGGCCCUUUCUAUGUUGCAAUGUUCAAGCCAUUGUCGAAUCCUGUGGCUGUUGCCAUGGGUGUCUUCUUUCUUGGCGACAGGCUUCAUCUUGGAAGCAUUGUAGGAGCGACCAUACUGUGCAUCGGGUUCUAUAUCGUAAUGUGGGGGAAGGCGAAAGAGGAAAUGGUUGAGGAGUCUGCGGAGUCUCGGAUGGAAUCACCACCCUUGCAAAGAGUCCCUCUACUGCGAUGAUUGCUAAGACAGAUGAGAAGUAAUUUCUGCAGAUGGAUUGAAGAUGGAUGCUGCUUGGAAAAUUUGUGAAAAGGAUCCUUGCCCUACGUUAGCCUACACAAAUAGGUGUCGGUGUUAUAUUUUUCAUUGAUCUGAGUCCAAAAGGAUCAAGUUUUGGUUGCCCAUUGACCCCAAAAACCAGAUUGCGUGGUCGGUGUGGAUGAAGGGCGUCACUCCAAGCACACAACUGAGCGAUAACGUGCUAGAAUACCCAGUCUCUUGCUUCCAAUAUAGUCCAUUUUGAUGUGUACAAUUAGUAGUUACAUGUUGCUUUUAUAAUGAUUGC